AAUGAUUUGUGCAUUAUUUUGAUCAAGUAUAUUAAACGACGAAUUAUUACGUCACUUCCUGAUGAAGUCGGGCAGUAGUAAAAAAAAAUCUGGUAGCCAUGAAUUUCAGUUAGCUUGCCACCGACCACUGCUGAGAUCACUCGUGUAAAACCAUCCAUGUCCAGGCACAAGAAGGAUUUUUGGAUAGUUUCGCUGCUUCUGCGUACACCCAGCGGCACACCAUCCCGCCGACCAGUCUACUGUGAAUCGGAUCCAGCUGGCUCGGAUACAAGGCUAGAAGACCUCGGCACCUUGGUGUGCCAGUUCAUUUCAAGACCAAAGGAUUUCUGAAUCCAGAUUUGUACCAGAAGAUGAACGGCCUGUCUGUACGAGAGCUAUGCUGCCUCUUUUGCUGUCCCCCUUGUCCCAGCCGCAUUGCAGCCAAACUGGCUUUCCUGCCUCCAGAGCCCACCUAUGCUUUACUCCCUGACCCAGAUCCGGGCACGGGCGCCGCAACCGUUUCCACAUCCAGCACCGGGGCCACCCCAUCUUCCCUCGGUGCCCCCGGAUUGCGCUCCCGACUGAGCGCUGGUGGUGGUGGUGAUAGAGGAGGGGGAGGAGGUGGAGGAGGGGGAGGCGGCGCGGCGGCGGGGGCUGCUGGUACCGGGGGCAGCAGUGGCAGUAGUGGAAGCGAAGGCAGGUGGAAGUUGCAUCUCACAGAGAGGGCCGAGUUCCAAUAUUCGCAGAGGGAGCUGGACGUGACGGACGUGUUCCUGACCAGGUCAAGCCGAGGGAACAGAGUCGGAUGCAUGUACAUUCGCUGCGCCCCUAGUGCAAGGUUCACAGUGUUGUUCUCCCAUGGGAAUGCGGUGGACCUGGGUCAGAUGAGCAGCUUCUACAUCGGUUUAGGCACACGCAUCAACUGCAACAUCUUCUCCUACGAUUACUCAGGCUACGGCGUCAGCACUGGCAAGCCAUCUGAGAAAAACCUCUAUGCCGACAUUGAUGCUGCCUGGCACGCCUUGCGCUCCCGGUAUGGCAUCAGCCCUGAGAACAUUAUCCUGUACGGGCAGAGCAUUGGCACGGUGCCUACGGUGGACUUAGCAUCACGGUUCGAGUGUGCUGCUGUGGUCCUCCACUCUCCUCUCACCUCUGGCAUGAGAGUGGCCUUUCCCGACACUAAGAAAACCUACUGCUUUGAUGCCUUCCCAAACAUCGAGAAGGUGUCAAAGAUCCCAUCUCCCGUGCUCAUCAUUCACGGUACAGAGGACGAGGUGAUCGACUUCUCUCAUGGCCUGGCCCUUUUCGAGCGCUGUCCCAAGGCCGUGGAGCCCCUCUGGGUGGAGGGAGCGGGCCACAACGACAUUGAGCUUUACAGUCAGUACUUGGAGAGGCUAAGGCGCUUCAUCAAUCAGGACCUGGCUGCACAGCACGCCUGAGAAAAACAAAACAGCCUCCGUGUUUGUGUGUGCGUGACGUUGUGUGUGAGCGUGUACGUGCGCCUGUAAGCGUGUGAGAGAGGGUAAAGGCAUGUUUGCAACCAAUGUGUGAAACAUACCUAAGAAAAAGAAGUAUGUUUGAUUUUUUAAAAACUAGUUUUCUUUUGGUCACAGCCGUGUGUCUCUGAAGCAGCACACUUGCAGGUUAAAACACACGUGUUGUUUCCUGUUUUUAAUGUGAGAGCCUUUUUUAAAAACUCAUCAGUGUUGGAGAAACACUAAAGACAAGAACCGAUAUGAAGCAUUUCCACAAAAAGCAGCGUCCAACCUGGAGAAGUCACGACUCAGCUGUAAUUUGUCCACAUCUUGAAUCGGAGAGAAAAAAAAGGAAAAAAAGCUUCUUUUUUUUGUUUGCCUCUAAAGGCACACAGAUGCGUGACAUGUUGGGGAGUGCACGUGCUACGACGUGAGUGUGGCGUGUACAUUCGUAUCCCUGUGGAUCUGUGACGCCUGAAUAUUGUGUAUCGCGAUUACCGAUGGAAAUGAAGGACUCCUGAUGACGGCUGCAAGUGUAGGAGUCGGAUGGAGACUUCUCUACACUGAUGUUUGUGUUUAAUUUUCUUUUUUUUUUUGUGUGUUUGUAUGAAGAAUACCUCCACAGCUUGACCCGCUCUCUUUCCGUGGGACUAACUGGUCAAGCAUGUGCUCCUCUCCUGCUCUCCUUGUUUACCUUUUAAUGGACAUCCAUUGGACUGCCAGGGCAUUUCCCCAAGUCGUUCAGCUAACACUAACCUAGUCUUUACGUUUGGUUUGGGGGUCCACCUGUGGUCCUCUCGUUGUCGGUUCUAUCCUGGAAUAUUUUCACAACUUGCACGGCUGUUGGGUGUCUCAUACUUUCCCUUAUUUUGGACUCUGAGAAAGUCGUAGAAUGGCCGGCUUCCAUGUCAUUACCUGGCCCUUUAACUAUUCAGAAAAGCAUCAACUUUAUAAAGGGAAUUAACAGGAUUUUCCACUUUAGGGACAUUAUCCCCAGUGCUACACUGUUAGCUAUAGAAUAGCAGGUGUACUACGCCAUUUCCAUGCCUCAUUAGACUGUUUGGCUCUAAACAGAGUGUUUUAGAGCCUUUGUGUACUAAUGGAUGGCAUUAAAAGGUUUGACAGUGCAAAUGAAUAGGACGGAUUUAUGGAUAAGUUUUACAUCUCGUCCUUUUAUUUUUAUUUUAUUUUUGUAAAUCUGCUUAUUUGGUUUACUGCUGACAUGUUACCAAUUGUCUCUAUUAAGUGAGUCCAGCCAGGCGAAAAACAUCUCGGCACAUUGUGCACAGCUGGAAACGACUGGUUUUUCUCUUUGUCGUCUGAAAGGGGUUGUGUUGUCAUCCAGCCAUUAGCAGGCAGGGAAAUGGGCACAUUUUCAAAAUGUCAAGCUACACUUCUAAGUUUGAAGUGCUUCAGUGGAGUUUUUGUGAAUAAUUCUGCUCUUUGGAGCUCGAUGCUGUUGUCGGAUUUGGAGACUUUGAUGAAAAAAGGGGGACAAAGUAGCUGCUUGGUUCAUCAAAUUUUUUGGAGUUUAUGUCCACUUUAUCCAGAAAUAUUAUGAACUGUGGGAACUAUACUGAAUAACUUCUAAUCGUGUCUUGUUUUAGUAGCACUCAUCACCAUGUUUAGCCAGUCUCCUUGUGCACAGUCACCCUCAGCACAUUUUUUAUUUUAUUUUUUAAAGUGUUUGUCUUGAUAUAAAGAAUCCUGAUGUGUUUGACUUAGUGUGCAGCCAUGAUCGUUUCAGAACAGUACUUGCAAUUAUUAUAAUUAACAAUGUGAUUUGGAUCAGGUGCCAGGAUGGGAAAUACUGGUUGCUUACUGGUUCUGGAUAACCUCUGUGGCCCUAAACGUACAGGAGCUCUCUUAUGGGUGGCAGCACGCUUCAAAGUCUGACCCAAGCCAUAUUUGAGCCUCUCACUGUUUGUGUGGUGCAGGUUCCACCACACAUAUAUACACACACGCACACACAAACCUUAGCGCAUCAUCACACACAUGCAAACACAACACACACGUGCACACACUCGUAUAUUUACACAUUUAUAUAUAUAUAUAUAUAUAUAUAUAUAUCGGAUCAAGCAUGACAAAAGCAGGUCUUAAGUUCAGCACUAUUGUAUAAAGCAUCCAAAGUGUAAUAAGGGUAUAAACUGUAAGUCUUUGCGUCUUUUUCAUUUUAUUUGCUGUGUUCUGCAGGCUAGCAUCAAGGAUACAAGUUUUUUCUGUGCAGAUAAGUACUAACGGGUCGUGUGUACUGAGGCACUACGAGAAGGUGGUUGCUGUGCCAGGGACCCAUCAGUUUCAGUGGCGAUUGCUGCGUUUUGUCAAAGGGAACAUUUAUUAACCUGCACUGAUCUGAUUACUCCAUUUUUGGGAGUGCAAGUGGGUCUCUGUUAAGAAGAAAAAGGGUCACAAACACCUCUUCCUUCCUGUCAUCGUGUUGAACAGGGGAAUAUUUCCACUCUCAUCCUGUGCUUUUGCAUCUGAAAACUGAACGGUGGACGUCUGUUACCUUCUCAAACGAGGGAUCUGAGCCGUCUGAUAAAUUCGAGAGAGCCAGCGCGCCUCUCUGGAAGCGAAGGUAGUCCUCCAGAUUUUCCCGGACGGGUUGGGUUAUCAGGGAAACCUCUGGAUCCACUUUUCAGUCACGUUUUUUUUUUUUUUUAAAAAAAAAAAAAAAAAAGGAAAAAUAUAUUAGAAAAAAAAAGGAACAGGGUGGAAACUGAAACUUGCUGUUUUAUCGAUGCACCACUAUGGUUGAAGUAUAUUGUAUCCUCUGGCCUUGAAUGUUUAUGGGGGGGUUGGGAGGGCUGGGGUGUGAGCAGUAAAAACUGUAUGCAUGUCUGUUGUGUUUUGCAGAGCAAAUGACGGGACGAAAUGUUAUCUAUUGUGUAGUCUAUGUGAGGGUAAAGCUGAACUCAUGGCAUUGGAGCAUUGAAGAGCUGAAGAAAAAAAAAAAAGAAAAAAAAGGACUUUAUUAGAAUUUUUUAUUGCUGAUACUAACUGAUGUACUGUUGAGUUUUGUGCUAGAAUUUGAGUGGGU